AUGGGAGAGAAUGGCUCUCAAAGGAGCUCCUGGUUUGUCCCCUCGUCCAUCCACCCGCUGUUCCUCUCCCAGCUGUCGCCCUCAGCGGACCUGGCAGUCGCUGUCUUCCUCAUCCUCGCAGGUGUCAUAUCAGUGCUGGGGAAUGGCUUGGUGUUAUGGGUCCACUGUAGGAAAAGAAAGAAGCUCCGACUCCACGAGCUCAUGACCGUCAACCUGGCUCUCUGCGAUUUUGGCUCCAGCCUCUUGGGAGUGCCAUUCUUCAUAAUUUCCAGCCUGUGUCACGCGUGGGUGUUUGGAGAGACAGGAUGCCUUUGGUACGGCAUUCAGGGCUUUGUGUUUGGCAUCGGCUCUCUCCUCACCACCUGUCUCAUCUCUCUGGACCGUUGCCUGAAGAUCUGCUGCUUAAGAUAUGGUCAAUGGAUCGAGAGGCACCAUGUGUCUCUGUCCAUAGCUCUGAUGUGGGUUUACACAUUUUUCUGGGCCUCCCUGCCUGCUUUUGGAUUUGGAAGCUACGGACCAGAACCGUAUGGGACCAGCUGCACCAUCAAUUGGUGGGCAAUGAGGUCGUCUCUAAUUGACAGGAUCUAUAUCUUCCUCAUCCUGACAUUAUGCUUUGGACUUCCCACACUCGCCAUCAUCACUUCAUAUUUGGCCAUUCUGCUGACGGUGUACAGAUCUAAUCGGACCCUGGCAUCUAUACCGUCCUCCUCUGUUAGUCACACCAGCAAGGACCUGAGACUUGCAAAGAUGGCUGCUGUGGUGUGCGGCACUUUCCUCCUGGCCUGGAUGCCAUAUGCCACCGUGUCUCUGAUCUCUGCCCUCAUCCCCAGUGACGAGCAAGACGCAGAGGGCACUUUACAAACUGUGGUGGAGUUCAGUGGCACAGCUUCAACACAGAUCCUGGACUUCCCCUCAUUGGUAAACUGGACCACCACAGAAUAUUACAGACAAAUCUACUACAACCCCCGGGAAGAGGGGAGUGAAGUGUCCAACCUGGGCGAAAAGACCAAUCCGAUCCCCAGGAGCAGCCAGCCGUUUUCCUGCCUGCCACAUGUAGUCACUUUAAUCCCUGCUAUGUUUGCCAAGUCUCACUGCAUGAUUAACCCUUUAAUCUACCAGAUUAUGAAUUUGGAGUUUAGGGAUAAUGUCUAUGAGAUGCUAUUUGGACGAGAGAAGGCAGAGAGGAGGCGGCUGCAGGGGAGACAUGGGAGCUAUUGUGAAAGUAAGAACCAUAAAGGAAGCAUCAGCCUGUCCUACUGCCAGAGCUGGAAGAGGAAGAGGAGCAGCCCCACAUCCUUGCUUGUAGAUAAAAGAAAUCUGCAGGAAGAGAAGAACCAAGGGAGGAGCAACGGAGGACGAAUAGGCUGCUGGGCAGAUAACAUCUCAGUCGGAUCUGAUGCACUGGACAUUACCUCCUUGGACACUCAGCGAAACAUGGAGAGACAGUGCAGCACUGGUGGACAAGAGGAAAGAAGAAGAAACCUCAGAGGGUCUAGCAUUGUCACUGUCUGA